AUGGAAAAUUCUAUGAUCGUGCUGCCCUAUGGGUCUCAGCUAGAUUUUGAGACAAACUCAUUGUCACAUGCUGAGCCACUCCAACAGAUCAAGCCGAAGGCCUCCCGUACAAUCACAAACAAAACACGAACAGGCUGCAUCACAUGCAAGAAGCGUCACGUUAAAUGUGACGAAGCGAAACCGCAAUGCAAUAAUUGUCUCAAGAGUCGAGGACGUUGUGAAGGAUAUUCUCUCGAACCACGGAAGAAACCCUCUGGCCCUGGCCAGCUUUGCUGGGAUUCUAGGCAGCUUACCCGUGGCACAUCUCCGAGGAUGCAGCUGCAUGUUGACCCAGACGCCCUCGAUUUCCAAAAUUCUUCGAGUAUGCUAUAUUUCCAGGAGUUCGUGGGUUUGGUCCAGGGACCCUGGACCAGUGCGUCAUCCAGCGGCGACUUGUGGGAAGUGACCAUGCCUCAAAUCACACGAAAUAACGACACACUUCGCCAUGCCGCAAUGGCCAUCGGUGCACUAAGCAUGUGGCAUCGUCAAUCCACGUACGAUUCGCUUCAGGCAGUAUCAAUACCGGCUCUCCCGACAGCUGAAAGAGAUGCACAUUACUUCCAUGCUGUCGCUUACUACUGCCAUUCUCUAAAACUGCAGAGGCAACGAGCUUCUAUGCCGGAUGCGAUUAUCCUAUCAGUGCUGUUACUAUUCUUUGAAACGCUCCGAGGCAACAGAACCGCCGCCUUGGACCAUGUUAAUCAUGGCUUGGCACUACUGUUUUAUCUCUUGACAGAUGACGAUGCGGACAACUAUGUGGCCAACUUCGCGCCAAACCCGAGGCCUAUCCUUGGUGCAGUGGCAGACAUCUUCACCAAUCUAACAAUGCAAGGCCGCACAAUUUUCCGCGGCAGAGUUGGCCACGAUAUGCCCCUUCCAAAUCUUACAAAAGGAUUGAAGAACAGAAAACAAACGAUAGAGUCCUUUAUGGUCCUCCUAAGCCAACUCCCUCGCUCUCGAAGCAUCGACCGUAUUCCAGACGUCUUUAACGACCUUGAUGAGUUCGAGGCGUAUUGGCUUGCUGCCCGACGCAGACAGACCUUAAUAUACCCGAUCAUGGUGGAAGUCAUGAAAGCUACAGGCUUCCAAAGGGCGGCUUGGGGCUCGAGUGACGGCAGCGUCAUCAACAAGUUUUUCCUCCACCUCCUCGACAACCAGCAAGUCACAGAAUUCUGCGAGGCUUCAGGGAAGUUGAUUCAAGCGCUAGAUACCGCGUUUAUGCCUCUGUUCAACAAAAUCAUCAUGUCCGAUCCCAAAUCUCCUACAUAUCUAAGAGCCAUCCAUCUGCGUAUGCAGUACCUAGGCGUCAUGAUCGACGACCCCCCACAGUACGUCCACGUCGAGUCAGUACAUGCGCGAACACCUUUGUUCCGUGAGUAUCUGUCUCUGGCCGAGAUCGCCUUGCAUACGGCCAAACGCGAGGUCAAGAACCCGGCUCACCAACUUUCAUUGCAAUGCGGGCUGUCAUGGUACUUCUUAAUCAUAGCAUUAUUCUGUCGCGACCCCAUGGUACGCGACCAAGCCAUAUGGAUGUUGAAAGACUACCCGGGUCAGGAUGGAUUAUGGAGCGCACGCUCUCUCUACUUAUUGGCGUUGCGGAACCGCAGUGUGGAGCAGAUGAACACACUCGAAGGCUCACCCUUAGAGCAGUGGCAGCGCCUGUGGCGUCGAGAAUUCGUCUUCGAAGAUGGCGGUGACCGCAUUGUGUUCCGUUAUCUUGGAAAAAAUGAAAUUACAGGUGUAUGGGAAUUGGUGGAAGAGGCAGCCGAUGUCCAAAGGACCUCUGAAGAUGUCCAAUGGAAACGACAACCUCUUAUAGGAUCUGGUGGACCUCUCAUGAUAGAUUUGUAUGCACUUUUACAGUAA